CUUGUGUCACGGCGUGGAGAAUUUAUCCUAGUUGGUUUACGCGGGCUGUGACUCAAGUGGCUCAAUUCAUGAGCUGUAAGGCUGAUGGCGCGCCCUUACGCCUCUGAUGAGGUGGGUGUGGAUGCCUCUUUCUCUAGUACACACCAGUAUCACGUUUCGUGCAUGCAAACUUGACGCUUAUAAAACCUUUCGUCGCCUCUCUCACUUGGAUUGUUACUCUUACACAACCCAUCUCCAUCAUCUCUAGCUAUAUUCAUCACAGGCCUCAACUAUCCUUCUUUGCAAGGGGAGACCUCCAUUCUCAGCAACAAAAAGACUUGGGUGACUUUAGGAUAAGCUUAGGAAGGCCUUUUACUAGGUAUUCCCGACAUCCCAUUCAAGGUCCGAAGCUUUGCUGCUCUCCGUGGGCUUGUCAUACGCUCUUCACAGCAUUCUUUGACCACCUCUAGCAUGAUAGGACCUUUUGCGUUCCUUCAGACCAUCUCCCACGCCCAAAGUAUGGAGACCCUCAACACAACUGGCGAGGCCGCUGGUCUCCCAAAUGCUCCUCCUUCACAAUUUGCCAUCUUGGACUUCCUAUUUCCUGGCUUUUCAACCUUCUCCAGUAUCGUACAUGCCUACCUCGGUAUCGACCUCAACCUCUACAUCCCUCUUCUCUUGGUUAUCUCCGGUAUCAUGUUCGCAUGGAACUAUAUCACUGAGUAUUCGUGGAGCAUCAUCGGCCAACAUCUUAUGUCUGCUGUACGUAUCCGCACCGAUGAUGAGAUCUACAACAUAGUCAUGGCCUGGGUGGCAAACCAACGAUUUGCCCAAGGUUCUCGACGUUUCAUGGUCAACACAAACAUCAACUCCAGGAGCUGGUUCUUGUUCCGAUGGGAUGACGAUGAGAACGAAGAGGAAGACUCUGGCUCAACUAAGAAGCCCCUCCAGUACACUCCUUCGGUCGGCUCUCACUUCUUCUGGUACAAGGGCCACGUCCUUCUCUUUGAGCGCCACGAGAAUAGGGAGCGCUCCAGCUUCCUUACCUCGAGUGAGCGAGAGGAGCUGUCCAUCUCUUGCUUCGGCCGCAACCCUCGUAUCAUCAAGGAGCUCCUUGUCGACGCUCGCGAGCAGUACCUGAAGAAAGACGAGAAGAAGACCAUCAUUUACCGUGGUUCCCUUGGUCAAAAUGGUGGCGAUCCUACAUGGCAACGAUGUAUGAGCCGAGCCAGUCGUCCGAUUUCCACAGUCAUCCUCAACGAAAAGGUUAAGCAAGACGUGAUUGCAGAUGUGACCGACUACCUGGACCCCAACACCCGCCGCUGGUACUCCAACCGCGGUAUACCUUACCGCCGUGGUUACCUUCUUUACGGCCCCCCUGGAACCGGAAAGAGUUCGCUUAGUCUUGCAUUGGCUGGUUUCUUCCGCAUGCGAAUCUACAUGGUCAGUCUUAGCUCUACUAUGGCCAGCGAGGAGAACCUUGCAACGCUCUUUGCCGAGCUCCCUCGCCGUUGUGUGGUACUUCUAGAGGAUAUUGACACCGCCGGUCUCACUCACACUCGUGAAGAUACAAAGGGUGAAAACACGGAGGAGGCUGUUAUGCCCGUUACCACCGCACCCGCUAAGCCUGGCCUUCCCCCUACUACAGCACCUGCGCUCCCAGGUCGGCUUUCACUAUCCGGUCUACUCAAUAUACUCGAUGGUGUUGCUUCUCAAGAAGGACGCGUCCUUAUCAUGACUACCAAUCAUCUCGAGAAGCUGGACAAAGCCCUCAUUCGUCCUGGCCGUGUCGACAUGAUUGUUGAAUUCGGCCGCGCCGACGCUGAUAUGAGUGCCUCUAUCUUCCGUGCCAUCUACGCCCCUUACGAGGGAGAGGGCGCGCCUGGAAAGGAUGUGGAAAUCCUGGAACCCGAAGAGGCUCAGAAGCAGGCUGCAUUGGCUGAGAAGACCCGCAAGGAGACAAUGGAGCGAGUUAACGCCCUUGCCGAUAAGUUCGCUACCAAGAUGCCCGAGCUCGAAUUCAGCCCUGCCGAAAUCCAAGGAUUGCUUCUCAAGCACAAGCGCAACCCUGAGGCCGCCAUUGACGCUGUCGAUGACUGGGUGGUUGAAACCCGCAAGGAAAAGAAGCAAAAGGAAAUCGAAGAUGCAGAGAAGCGACGUAAGGAGGAACAGAAUGCCCGUAAGGCGGAAGCAAAGAAGAAGCGCAAGGAGGAACGGGCGAAGGCCAAGAAGGCUAAAGCUAAGGCCAAGCGAAAGAGCAACGGCGAGAGCUCUGGGUCCGACUCUUCUGAUUCUGAUACCGAAUCCGAGACAGAGAACCGCACCAACGAGAAGAAGGAUGAAAAGAAGGACGACAAGAAGGCCACGGAUAAGUCUGAAGACAAGCCCAAGGAAGCUGAUGAAACGAAGACACUGGAGGUUCCGGAUGAGGACGCAAACAAGUCCAAGGGAACUUCUGAUUCCGGAUACGAUACCCCCAACACAGCUUCGUGAUCAUAUACAUGAUUGGGAGAGUCUGAUAGAGAAUGCAUACAGCGGCGUUGGAUUGGAGUUUCUGCAUCUGUCAACUUAAGAGAUUGAUCAUCUUUAAUAGCCUCAGCGUUGUCUAAAAUACACUUAAUACUCAUA